AUGCAUGCAAAUACAAACUUUGAAGCUUCUGGUGAGAAUUCUCCUACGAAGAUGAAACGUUACUCGAAUACAAAGACACCUAAUUUAGACAGAGUGCGAGCGUUUUUCUGUAACAACAAUCAUAAUAGCUCUCCAAACUUAGGUCAAAACAAGCUAAACUUCCGAAGCUCACCAGAAGACACUCCUCAGUCCCAGCGCCGAGAGCCAGAUUUUGGAAUACGUGAAACCCCACCAGAUGCAAUUAUACGUAAAAUGCAUGAUAAUCAAGCCACGGAUCUGGAAAGGAACAACAGUGGGAUUUAUGAUCUGAAUGGAAGUCUUGAUAAUAAAACCAUUACAAGUGAAACUGGCUUUACUAGAGAUAUAAGACUGCCGCCUGUUUCGCAGUCGCAGAAACUCAACCAGAGACCUCACAAUAACACCCUUUCAUCUCGCAAAGGCUCACCAAUGACAAUGAUGAACCACACUCCUACGAAAGCAAAUGCCAAACAUAACAAUUUCUAUGUAUCGCAAGAAACACGCGACGUCUUAGUGCCUGCCACAAAUUCCAGUGCAAUUCGUGCUAGAAAUGGUGGCGAGGCUCUUGAGCUUAACGGAGGGAAUUCACAAGCAGCUUUCCUAGACACAUCGGAACAAACAUCGCAAAGAUCGGAUAGUGUUCCGUCAUUAUCAAAGUCUAAUGUUGUGCCGAUCGCAGACAUCACUACACAACCGAUUGACACAUCAGAUGAAAGAUCAACAACGCUGGCCAAAGCUGACGGCUCCGCGACACAAAUAGAUGAUAUCUUCCCGCUACCUGCGUUGAUAACUGACACGACGAAACCUCUCAAUGAAUCCCAGUCGCCAAUAAUAGGGAGGUUUACUUCUAUAAACAGUUUGCAGACAAAGUUCACCGGGCUUGACCAAAAAACAACGCCAAUUCAGCUGAUAGUAUCUCCACAAACUGAAGGAAUGGCACUUUCUAGUAUAAAGAGGUCGCCCUUAGACAAUAAGCGAGAGCUCAAGACGUCCCGUCAGGCAACUAGCACUCCAUUCAAAUGCCAAGAUGAGGACGAGCGGAAGAUUAUUGACCUCAUGGACGAGACAUUCAUAGAUGGUGAGGCCACAGAUUCGAACGACAGUGAAAAGCGCAUUCAACUGCGAUUUUCAAAUCUUCACGAUUAUCAGAAAGAUAAUGAUGUUGUGGGUAAGAAAACCUCAAAGGACUGCGUCAUAUACAGUGAUAUUGAAAAAACACAGGAACUACCCGAGGUUGAGGAGGGUGCUCAACAAGAAUUUAAUACUGGAACAAAGACCUAUUUCACAUCCCAGAGUAACUCUCUUUCCGUAGCCCAAGUGGGCCCUGAUGAACUCAAAACCAAGGAAAAUAGCGCCUUACAAGGCUCAUUCGAAGCUUCACAAGAGGUGUUGAAGAAUAGAAGAGUCCUACGUAGGCGACGGCAAGGGCUUAUCAAACUUCCAGACUCUUUCGAUGGGACAGAGCAAGUUGAAGAAAAGCUUACAGGUUCGCCACUAAAGAAACCCAAACAAAAUCAAGAAGAGGAAUGGUGCAAAGAGUCGGGUGCACAGAAAAAGGCCGAGGCCAUCGACGAAGGCGUUCAAAGCCCAUCUCGCGAUGCUGAUCUUCAUCCCAUACUUUCAAAACCCGGGUCUGAUCGUUUUAUAGCCAGCACGAAGCUCAAUUUGAGCCAGCUUCCGAAAGGCGUCCGAACACUGGAUGAGGGGUUUUUGACUCGAAAAGAUAUUUUAUUUCCCAAUGCUGUUUGGUUUUAUUACGAUUUUAAUUGCGUGUAUUAUCCAGGAGAGGUAACGACGGCAGAAUCUUGCUCAGAUAAAGUAGAGGUUCUAUUUGGGUCGGGCUUUUCAACUGUAAAGCGGGACGACUUGCUCUAUCUAGACUUGAUAGUGGGAGAGAUGGUCAUCUGGGAGGAUAAGCCUUACGUAGUGACAGGGUUGGAAUGUAAAACUUACGAUGCUAAUGUGAUCAGAUGUGUGCGAGGCUACGAUACGGUACACCUGAGAAAGAAAACGAAAAAUGGCGAGCUUGGCAAACGAAUAUUGAUCAAACCGAUCUCUUCGAUUACCUUAUCUACUGUACUGUGGACCAAAAGAGCAAAGAUUAUUUUAUCGGGCGACUUUCAAGAUCGUGAAAAGGCUUUCGAUGAUCUGAAACAUCCUAUAAGGGGUCGCAAUUCCACGAAGACAAUCACUCGAAUAACACCAUGCCUUGACUUACCAAAAUCUAUUGACGCACUGGAAUCUUCACCAGAUUACAAAACAAGUCACGUAUUUACUGAGUUGGCCAAGUCAGACGAGAAACCUAAGAUCAGCGUUUUUGAAAACGGAAGUAAUGAUGGGGUGUUAACGGGCUGUUUAUUUGUUUUGAGUGGCUUGGCUGAUCGCAAAAGGCAUGAACUAUCAUUGAAAAUUGAGCGUGCGGGCGGCUUCAUUUCUAAGACGAGUUUUUCAAGCAUCAUCGAGCUAAAUUCACAAGUAGAUGCUUUCUCAAAAAUUGUAGAUUUCGCAGCGCUCAGAUUUGUGGGUUUGAUAACAGAAAAGUACUCAAGAAGCCUCAAGUACUUGGAGACUAUGGCAAUGGGCUGGCCCGCUUUGCAUUACAAGUUUAUAGAGCACUGCCUGAACUGUGGGAAGUUAGACGAACACAGCGUUUUCCAGUUUCUUCUUCCUGCAGGAGAAAGCUUCAGAUUGCAUGUCAACUCCAGCACGAAGUCAGGCGUCGUGAAGUCCAGUAAUAUAUUCCAUUUUUACUCAAACUUGCUGGCUGAUUCUUCUCUCAGGGAUCAAAUACGAUCCAGGCCACUUAAGCUUGCCGACUACCACAUAUUUGUAUGUGGAAAGUCCGAGUUAGAUGAAUUUGUCAGUUUUGCGUUCCGAGCAUUAGGCGUGGCUUCCCUUGAAUUCCAAAAAGUUGACAGCCCCGCAAUAAAAAAUGCUGUUGAAUUAGAAGAUUGGUGCGAAGACUAUAUGAGUUCUGUCUUUGAUUCUAUUGAGGGGACGCAAGCGUUACAUCCUCAGAAUUUUAAGUUCUUGAUCUACAUCAAUUCCAAAAACGACCAAGCGCCCUGGACAAAUGCAUUGUCUAAAUGUAUCAAAGAGAAGUCCAGUGGGCACAGAAUAUAUGUGGAAGACAAAGAAUGGCUUAUACAAACAAUUAUUAAUGAGGACCCCGGGCAUGAAGAAAACUAG